AUGACAGCUUUCGUGAUACGACCUGAAAAUAUCAAAGUGGCGAUACCGAGUGAGCAGAACAAUGCAGACAUAUUUUUCGGGAACUUGAGUGUAUGGGAUUUAGACCAAGGACAAGUCAUAUAUGCUCCUGAGAAUGAAACAACCGUAGUCACCGUUAUAACACUAGUGGCCAGUAGUUCGGGGAUUGCAUUAUCUGCCACUGCUCUGGCGCUUUUGUUACUGACUGCCUUGCUCUUUCCAGAAUGGAGACAGUCAUACAAGAACCAAGUUCUGAUUCAGUUUAUUAUAGCUCGAUUUAUCUACGUCCUUUUGAGAUAUUUCAACAAUGUGCGCAACGUUUUUGGGCUCAUGGCGAUAGACGACGAACAUUUUUAUUUGCGUCGUCAGAUGUCAAUGUCGUAUAUAUUAAUGUACACAGAAAUGUCAUUCAUCAUCUGGAUGACGAUUUUUAGUAAGCAGAUAUAUGAAAGUAUGGUUAAAGUAUUUCAUACUCACAAGGGCAGUAUUUGGAAGACUGUUUUACUAGGCUGGGGAGUCCCCAUUUUAUCGGCGUUUAUAUUCAACUUUGCAGUAUUUUUUUUCAAGAAUUCGUACGUGGAAGUGCAUUUAGUGUAUUAUAUUUUCAUGAAGUGGCCUAUUUUAUUUGCCAACGCUGGCCUUUUGUACAUAAGUUUACGAACCGUCUUAAAAACAAAUGUAAGGGUUAAAAAUAAUCGAAGAAUAACUAUUGUAAUGGUUUGGUUGAUAUAUGUGUUUUCUAUUCAAUUAUUGUUCAUGGACAUAUACAGGAUCAUUCAUAUUAUGCUUCAUCAAAGGCAGGUGAGGGCCCCGCCCGUUGUGCAAGGCAUAUAUGUGAUAUCUAAUAUUGCCUCUCUUUAUCAGUUUGCGUUUUCUGCGACGUUUUGGGUAUUAGGAAAUGCCAAAACGAGGCAAUAUUGGAGGUUUGCGCCAAAGAACGAAAGAGUUAUAAGUCAAAUAAGUACUCGUGUUAAUAACAGAAUAUCAACAAAGUUAUGAAAAAGAUGUAGGUAUGCAUAGAAUUAUGCAUACUUAUUUAAUAAAAUAUUAUACUGAGCUUA